GCAGUACGAGAGAGAAAAAGAGAUAAAGAUAUACCAAUAACUCAGCACCAAUUUCGCACACGACACGAACAAGCCUUCUUUCUGGUCUAUCAACCAACCACCAACUCAUUACCCAUCUUCCUGCUUCUUCAUCUUUAUCAGAAAUGGAGUGCUGCGUGGAAGCGAGAGCGUUAAGACCAAGUUUAGUAGUAGGAGAAUUUGCCAUGAAAACGGCGCAGCAAGCGCUUUUUGAUGACCAUUUAUUUGCUACCGGAGUUCCCAGCGAAGAUUUCUCUGUGGAUGACCUUCUUGACCUGUCUAAUCCGGACUUAGAAGAUGGGGUUUACGUUGAGGAAGAAGAAGAGGACGAAGGAGAGAUGGGUUUGUCUUCACCGGAGCAAGCAGACGAUAACAAUUCCAUCUCUGCCAAUUUCUCCGGCACGGCUGAGUCCGAGUCAUAUCUCACCGACGAACUUGCCGUUCCGGACGAUGAUAUUGCAGAGCUUGAAUGGCUUUCUCACUUCGUGCACGAUGAUUUGUCAGAAUCAUCUCUUUUAUGCACUGCCGGAGAACAGAAUAUCGAAAGUCGUGUAACGAACCAGUCCGAACCGGAGUGGAGACCGAGACCUCCAUUUUUUCCUUCAGGAGUUCCAUCGAAAGCCAGAAGCAAAAGGACAAGAGCCGUUAAACGCGUUUGGAGACUUGGUUCACCGCUCACCCAAUCCUCACCGCCGUCUUCUUCGGCAUCUUCUCCUGGGUUUUCUUCGACACCUUGUCUUAUCUUUACCAAUACGGUUCAAACCAUGGAGUUAUUCGAUUUUGCUGAACCGCCCAUGAAGAAGCAGAAGAAGAAACCGGCGGUUCAAAGCGGUAGCGCGUCAGGUGGUUCCCAGUUUCAGCGUCGGUGCAGCCACUGCCAGGUGCAGAAGACCCCGCAGUGGAGAACCGGUCCACUCGGUGCCAAAACGCUUUGCAACGCUUGUGGGGUCCGGUACAAGUCCGGCCGGCUUUUCCCAGAGUAUAGACCGGCCUGUAGUCCGACUUUUUCCGGCGAUGUUCAUUCGAAUAGUCACCGGAAAGUGUUGGAGAUGAGGAAGAGAAAGGAGAUGAUGACUGAACCGGAAUCCAUGUUGACCCAGAUGGUAUCAAGUUUUGGAUAGUCUAACUAAUAAAACAGGCAACAUGUGAACCGGGUUGUACCGCGUUAGUUUUUUCAUCUUUGGUCGUAGCCGUAGGAUCUUAGUUAUAGCUGUUAGAUUUUUUUUUAUUUUUUUUUAUUUUUAUACUGGUUGUGAUAGUGCUUAGUAUAUUAUUUGAAGGUACGUUUGAUGAAAGAGGGUAAGAGGUUUAUUAUC